AUUAGUCUAAUUUACUAGUUGUAUUAAUACUUCAUAAACAAGUGUUGCUGCACCAGAUGUUACAUUUUAUCAAAAGUUUUCACAACGUUCACUUCAGUUUGAAGAAAAGAAAAUAUAAUUUUAUUUUUAGUACUUCAGCAAUUCGAACCAGUUUAGUUCUUGCACACGAUCAACAAUGACCGUUAACGUGUUUAACAAUUAUAAGCUGCAAUUUGUCGCCGCUGUGACUGGUUGUCUGAGUAUAAUGUGCAGCGGAUGUACUUACGGUUGGGCCGCUCCGUUUAUACCAUACCUCACAGCACCGGACUCACCAGUGCCGAUCACCAACCAACAAGGAUCCUUGCUCAUCAGCACCCAGGAGUACGGAGGUAUCGUCGGCGGCAUCACCGGAGCUUUCAUCGUCAAUAAAAUCGGCCGAAAGUAUUCCAUCCUCCUCGCGGCACCAAUAUUCGCCAUAGGAUGGCUGGUGAUGGCCCAAAUCGUGUCGUUUGAAGUGCUGCUGUUCGCCAGGUUCAUGGGUGGUUUGGCCUCCGGCUUGGCUUACACCGUCAUCCCCAUAUACAUCGGCGAAAUAUCCAGCCCCGAGAUCAGAGGUGUCCUGGGGUGCCUGUUCCAAAUUAUAUUCAUAAUAGGUCUGUUGUCCUUUAACAUCCUGGGGAACUUGAUCAACGUGAAAGUGGCCUCGUACUUCGGUGCUGUUAUUCCUGUGGUGCAACUGGUGUCGUUCAUUUUCAUGCCGGAGAGUCCCUACUAUUUAAUAAAGAAAAACAAGUUGGAGUCGGCGGAAGCUGCCUUGCACAAGUUAAACAACGGUAAGGACGUGGACGUGAUACUGAAAAGAAUAGUGGAAGCCCUGAAAGAAGAGGAGAGUGUGGGUAAGGUGAGCAAACUGGAACUGUUUACUGACCCCGUGAAUCGAAAGGCUGUGUUCAUCACCUUCGGGGUGCGAUUCUUCCAACAAGCCACAGGAUUUUGUGCCAUCAACUUCUAUGUUAAGAACAUAUUCAUUGAAGUUGACACGGGACUGUCCCCGAGCAUCAUAUCCAUUGUUUACUUCUCACUACAAUUAGCCUCGUGUUUUAUUAACUUAGGUUUGAUUGACAAAACUGGUCGUAAGCCUUUGUUGAUAUACUCCUUUUUAGGAACGUGCCUUGCCAACUUAGUCUCCUGCGUUUUCUUUUAUUUAAACACUGUUAUUGACUUUAGUGAAACUUAUUACAGGUUUGUUCCUGUCAUAACUUUAUUAGUGUUCGUCAUAAUCUUCAAUGUGGGCUUAGCUGCCACACCCAUGGUGUUGCUUGGUGAAUACUUUAACACAAGAGUCAAAGGGAUGGCUUUGGCACUUGCUGACAUGUAUUGUUCCGUUCUAAUAGUUAUAGUGGUCACAUUCUUUCAAUACACCAAUGACAAUGUAGGUCUGUAUGUUCCUUUCGGUGUUUUCAUGCUGUUUGGGCUUGUGGGCCUUGCUUUCGUCUAUUAUUGUAUGCCUGAAACUAAAGGCUUGACUCUGGAACAAAUCCAAAUGUAUUUGAAAGGUAAAAGUGAUGAUAAACUACAAAAGGACAGCGAGUCGUGUGUAAAAUGAAUAAAAAGUUUAUGUAC